AUGGCUCACGAAAGUCGACCUACUAAAACACUUGUGCCAGUACCCAUUGAGAUAGAUGAUUCAACAAGGUUGAUAGAGGUGAAUGUACAACAUGCACAAGAGAGCACAAGCAAAGAAAAAGAGGUUGAGAAGGAGACUAAGAAAUCUAUGCGGCAACCAAGUGAAUUUGCUAACUGCUCUCUAAUAGAAGCCGUGGAUGUAGUUUUAGAGGAGGAAGAUGAAACCUUGAACGCUAAAGACCCUCUAGCAGCUUGUAUCAUGAACUUAGAUAAAGUAAAUGGAGAGGAUUUGGCGGAAUGGGUACUGGCUCUUGAAGGACAAGGGGUAGCUUUUGAGAAAUUGAAGAAGAGGCUGGUGACAACACCCAUCAUAGUUGCACCUGACUGGGAGCAAUCGUUUGAGCCGAUGUGUGACGCAAGCGACUAUGCUGUGGGAGCAGUGCUUGGACAGCGCAAAGACAAAGUCAUGAAUCCAAUAUAUUAUGCUAGUAGAACUUUGAGUGGUACCCAACUAAAUUACACGGUGACCGAGAAGGAGAUGUACUUAAUUGAUAAGAAGGAUUCAAAGCUGUGCCUGAUUCGAUGGGUGCUACUACUUCUAGAAUUUGACUUGGAAAUCCGUGACCGAAAAGGAACGGAGAACCAAGUGGAUGAUCACUUGUCCGGGCUGGAAGGAGCCGAGAAAAAGGUUGAAGUGGAAGAAAUUGCGGAGACCUUCCCAGAUGAACAACUACUAGCCAUGAGUCUUGAGGUAGCGCCAUGUAUUUGGGAAGGCGUGUCCAUGACGUACUCUGCUAUAGCAUGGACUGUGUCACUAAAGGAAUUAGGAAAAAGUGAGAGAGAAGUUAGUUAUGGUCCAAAAAGUGAAAAAAUAUCAGAUAAUGUGUUUAUGUUUCUGAGUGCAUUAGGAAAUGUAGCAUUUGCAUAUGCUGGACAUAAUGUAGUUCUUGAAAUUCAAGCUACAAUUCCUUCAACAGAAGAUGCACCUUCAAAAAAAGCAAUGUGGAAAGGUGUAUUCACAGCUUAUAUUAUAGUGGCCUUGUGUUAUUUGCCAGUGGCUUUCAUUGGAUAUUGGGUGUUUGGUAAUGGAGUUGAUGAUAACAUCUUGCUCACACUACAUAGACCUACAUGGCUUAUUGCAACUGCUAACAUAUUUGUUGUCGCUCAUGUCAUUGGGAGUUAUCAGGUUUAUGCAAUGCCAGUGUUUGAUAUGAUAGAGGCAUACGCUGUGAAGUCAUUGAAAUAUAAUCCUUCCACUCUUCUACGUGUUUGUGUGCGUACGGUUUUUGUUGCAUUUACAUUGGUUGUGGGCAUGACAAUACCAUUCUUUGGUGGUUUGAUGGGAUUCUUUGGAGGUUUUGCUCUGGCACCAACCUCAUAUUAUCUUCCAUGCAUCAUCUGGCUUAUUAUAAAAAAGCCCAGACGGUUUGGCUUGUCAUGGUGUACGAACUGGCUUUGCAUUAUAGUGGGUGUACUUUUGACUCUAACAUCUCCCAUUGGUGGAUUAUGGAGUAUCAUCAAAUCAGCCAAGACUUAUCGCUUCUACACCUGA